AUGGCUCUCGUCAACGUCGAGCCCGUCAAGUCCUCUCCGGCGACCGAUUUCGAACAACCUCCCGAUGUUGUCGUGACACCCUGUGACCCCUGGCCUGCGCCAUACUAUAUGGAAGGUGGGUUUCGACGCGUUCGUCCGUACCAUUACACUUUCAAUACCUGGUGCAAGGAGCGCUGGCGGGGUAAAAGAUUGGAAGACAUUUUCGUUUCCGAAUUUCGAGAUCGCCCAGCGGAGUAUUAUAGAAAUGCGCUCGAUGACGGCCUCGUUUGCGUCAAUGGCAAGCCUGCGGGCAGAGACGCCGUGAUCAAGAAUGGCCAAAAGAUUUCGCACACCAUUCAUCGUCAUGAACCCCCUGUGACCGCCCUCCCUAUCGGUAUCAUUCACGAAGACGACGACCUGAUUGUGAUCGAUAAACCAGCCGGCGUGCCGGUUCACGCCGCUGGUCGAUACCAUUAUAACUCCGUUACCGAAAUCUUGCGCUCCGAGCGUGGCUCCGAGUUCUUGCCGCGGCCAUGCAACAGGUUGGAUCGACUGACAUCAGGAGUCAUGUUUAUUGCCAAACAUCCUGCGGGAGCCUUGAAGAUCACAAGUCAGCUUCAAGCACGAUCUGUGCAAAAAGAAUACAUUGCGCGUGUCAAGGGCAAAUUCCCGGAUGGCGUAGUGGUCUGUGAUCAGCCCAUCAUGCAGGUCAGCCCCAAACUCGGACUCAACCGUGUGCGCGCGACGGGUAAAGAAGCUACGACGAAGUUCCGUCGCCUGGCUUAUUAUCCCCCUGAGGCAGCCGCAUCAACAACUGCUCAGGAAGUCCGUGGCCCAUCGGGAGACGUCGCUAUCGCUGCAACUCCGCCGCCGGUGUUCACCAAUGAAUCCGAGGGAUACAGUAUCGUGCACUGUUAUCCCCUGACCGGACGUACGCAUCAGAUCCGCGUUCAUCUACAAUUCUUCGGCUAUCCUAUCUCCAAUGAUCCUAUUUACUCAAACCGAAGAGUCUUUGGACCAGAAUUGGCCCGCAAUGAAGACCACGGGGAGCGUGAUGAGGAGAUUAUGGAUCGACUUCACAAGAUGGGCAAGACCGAGGUAGCUGACACGGCUACCUAUCGCACCCACCUGACUGCCGCACCCAACGUCCCUCCUGGAACCGAUCUUGCCGUGCUUGCUGAAAUCAUGGCUCGUGAGCAACAAGCUGCCUCCGAGGACUACGAGAAACGCAAGGGAGAGCGUUUGUCUGGCGCAUUGUGCGAUGUCUGCGGAACAGAAUUGUAUACAGACCCGGGUCCCCACGAAUUGGGCCUCUUCUUGCAUGCCGUCGCUUACGGAGAUUUGAGUGGUACUUGGAAAUACCGAAGCAAGAUGCCUAACUGGGGUCUGCCACCGAGUGGUCUGGAGGGCCCUCGUGAAGUUCCCGAUUGGGCCCCAGUUCCUGAGGGUGAGGAAACGGUCCACGGGCAUGGAACCGUUCCUCCUUCGAUCGGGACAGAAGAUGACCCUCCCAACUCAGGUAACUGUCGACGAAAGAAGAACCAAGGUGACAUGGGCCAUGUCCUUGUAACGGGUGUUGGAUAUGUCCCUAUCUCAAAGGAUGACCCAGCCUUUGGUCUGAGUGAGUCGUCGCAGCAAGAAGCCGAGUCUGCUGCCUCGGCGGCUGCGACUUAG